GAUGUUGCUCAUGGCAGAGGAAGUACCGCUGGUUAUUAUUUAGUUGGAACGGGUUCUCGUACGUUCGGAUGCAAUUUUUCUGCCAAAAAGAACCGUAUUGCGUUUGUAAAACAUUGUGGUUUAUGGUAAAAGAAAGCUUAAUCGUGAGUAUGUUGAGUGGGUGAUAGUCCGAAACUAUAGUGUUGAAUUGUGGAUAAAGUGUAAAUCGCUUCUGCGAGGGAAGAGUGGGUGAAAAUUUUACUUUGGAAAAUUUCCUAUACGUGUGUGGUGACAGUGUCCCGUUCUACAACUGCUAUUUUCGUGGAAAGAAGAGAAGAAAGAACUGCAUUACGAAUUUUUCCACACCAACUUGAGUUGCACAUUUUUUUAGGAUACAAUAUUUCAUCUGGAUGAGAGCGCCUUCACUCAUGACACGAAACCGUGCAUCGCGGCAGCAGUAGCAGCAGCCGCGGGUCUAGUAAGUUUGCUACAUUAGUUCAGUCACCGGCACUCAUCAGAGAGAGACGCGUCGCGACCGUUGCCAAUGGAUCCGAGAAGCUUCAAUUAUAGCUACAGUGUGACUUACAGUCAGCAGCAGUAGCAGCAACGCCGGCAGCAGUAGAACCGUUGUCGUUGAAGCAGGACCGGUCCGCAAUUCGGAUUUGAGUGCAUCCGAAAACGGAACAACCCCGAGGGAAUCGUACUGCAGUCACUGUGCUGCAAUCGAGUGGAACUGCUGCUUUGAAGUUGUGGGGUGGAUGGGCAGAAUCACUAAAGUACAAGUCGGAAGAACAAAGUUGGCGGAUUUUCAAAUUCAUUACUGAUUUUGUUCGCCGUGCUUCAACUGAACAUCACUGUGUUUUUAGUGAUCGGAAUAAGAGUGCAAAAAUUAAUUAAAGUGUUCCAGUAGUUGGAUAACUGAAUUGCAGCUAGUACGCUGAUCGUGAUUCGCUUUUUUAAAUUUGGUACAGAGAAUAGUAGUUUUUCUCGGUUGGUUGCAGAUGGUACAAAACUUGUAAAUUUUGGUGUGUGUUUUGACGCACGAUCUACGCUGAGUGAUUUCUGACAAUCGUGACAUCAACAGACAAAUUAUUAAGUGAAAAAAUACAGAGAAUAGCCAGAGAGUGGAGAGGUGUAGGUCGCAGUAGUGCUGGCUUCUAUCCGGAGUCCUCCAGAGGAAUAUGGAUAGGAGUGUAGAUUCCAUUGGUAGUUGUUCGCUUGAUGUAGAUGCUGAUUCGACAGACUUCUCAGAUACUUCCGGAGAGUUAAAUUUUCUCACGCCCAGUUCGGCAAAGGACAUUCAGCGGGAAUUCACCGCCGGCAUUAAGGAGCGUUGCAAAAUUCCAGUUAUCAACUGUCAAGCCGUAACGACCGUGCUGGAUCCGGUAACGGGCAAUAUCAGUACCGUCCUGACGACGACUUCGCCGCAGACAGAGACGGCCACGACGGCGGUCUCGAGCAAGAAACCGAGCUACCUGAAUCUGGCCUGCUGCGUCAAUGGUUACUCGAACCUGACGACGUACGAUUCCAAGCUGAGGCAGGACAUCAACAAGUCGCGCGAAGUAUCUCCGAGCCGGCCAAUCAUCGCCACGUUGCACUACAAUCGGUCGGAUGGUGGCAAUUUUCAGCUGACCGCGCCCACACUCAGCUAUAUAAGUAUGAAUAAUAGCAUAAAUAAUAACAUCAGCAACGGAAGAAUGGGCGGAAUGGUGAACGGAGCGGGACGAUACGGAGGGGCUGGUGUAGUCGGUGGCCAGGAUGUGACGGAUAAUGCGUCAAUGUUCAAUGGAAACGGAUUCGGCGGCGGAUUGAAGACCAACGUAAUUUCAUCGCAGUCCCAAAUUAGUAGUGUGCGCGAGAGCGAGAAGGUAGUGAAGAAGAGCUUCAUUCAGCAGCGCGUGGAAAAGUUGUACGGUAAUGCGGAAGGUGUCGUGAUAAGUAAGCAAAUUUACAAUAGCAACGAGAGGAAAUAUUUGAACAACAUCGCGAAUGAAAAUGUGAGCAAAAAUUACUGCAAUGCGAUUCUCAUGAAUGGGAACGGAAGUGUAGCUGCUGGCGUCGGUGGGGCUGCUGGUGGAGGUGUUAGUUGUGCCGGUGGGGGUGGAGGGGUAGGUGGUUACGGUGGUCUCGGAUCGAAAGAGAAUCUCGACGAAAACAAUAAGGAAAUCGAUGAUGAUCCAGAUAUGGAAGCGCUACCGGUGUUGCGGCAUUUGCGGCCCGAGUUUCGCGCUCAGCUACAGCUUUUUUCGCCCAAGAAAGUUCUCAAAACAUCACCGAAUCGGAGUGUUGUUGGCAGCAACGGUACCGGUGGAAGCUUGAACGGCAAUAACGGUCACAUAAUGUCCAAUGGUUCGGAGUUAAGUCACCAGCACUUGCACUCUGCGCUGCUUUCGAGCAAGGGUAAAGUGGCAUCGAACGGUACAACGACCAAGACGCUGUCGUCGUCAUCAGCCCCAACAAUACACACGUCGAGCAGCGUUCAGUUGGCGGCUGCCGGUACAGUGGGGGUAGAAAAGCGAAUAGAAUCCGAAUCAGAUCUAUUAUCAGUGGUCACUUCGUCAACCGUGACGUCCAAUCAUUGUGAUGAAGGCUCAGUGCCGACAACUGCUGCCAAUAAUAAUAUCGCCCGUGCUGCUGCUGCUGCUCGGGAAUCUCGCUCGCCGAUCACGAUAGCGAAGGUGUCAGUGACAGAACAGACAGCAACCGAAAAGGAUCCUGUUUACGCGGAGGAAUCGAAUCUAGCGUUGGAAAAUAAUCAACCGCAAAAGAUGAAGUUGAACCAUCCCGCAGUGGUGACAGUCAACGGCGAUGGUAGUGAUAAUGGGACGAUUGUUAGAAAUGGAACUAGCGGGAAAAAUGGUCAUUAUCACACGGUAGUAGCCGAACCAAAUGAGGAAAAGGAAAACCUGAACGGCACCGUUCUGGAAGUGACACUGUCCAAAACCCAGUUGAAGGAUGGCAAUUAUUUCUUGCAGGUGCUAAAAAAUGAACAGAACCGAAUACUCGCAAUGGCAGCCGAAGUUGAGAGGGAGGCUGAAGCACUGAAGGCGGAUGGCAUUGAAAUCAGCGAAGAAAUUGCUGGUUAUGUACUAGUGGCUGCUGGCAAGGCACGAUUACUUUGCACGCAGAAAAUGAAGCAAUUUGAAGGUUUGUGCUACAACAAUCUAAACCAGUCACCGGAUGAGAAAUUCCAAACGACAAAUGAAGAUCUGCGUGGAUUUUGGGACAUGUUGUUGCUGCAGGUGGACAAAGUUGAUGCGUCCUUCAGGGAAAUUGAUACGUUCCGAAGAAACGGUUGGAAGGAACCGACACAUCAAAGCCCAGUCCCGCAAGCCCGCAGUACGAAACUGGUGAAACGACCAUUCAAAUCUUCGGCGACUUCCGCUUCGGCGGCGGCCACCAAUGGAUGCGGAGGUUCUACGAACGGCACCAGCAAUAGUACAAAAUCAUCGGCAGCAGCAGCAGCAGCAGAUGCAAAGAAGGCGGCUGCUGCCAAAAGGGAUGCCCAGCGCAAACAGUUGAUGGAGAUGAAGCGAAAGCAGAAGCUGACCAGUACCCAACAGAACGUGGAAAUAUUUGUCCCCGGUACCUCCCCUGCAGUAGUGACGAAUGCUUGCGAAUCGACAAACGGUGCCGCUGCGGUAGAUGCGAGUUGAUCUCGCUGGACAUAACUCCCGGAUCAAACUGAUGCUGCAGCACAGGGAUGGUCGGGAGUUACAUAAUUGUGUGGCGUUUAUUCGGCUUUGUCGUUCCUUUAUUGUGUUGAACCAAGCAAAACAAACACACACGCUAACAAACACACACAUGCAGAACACUCACAUGUAGAUUGUUAUGUUUGGACUGACUGAUUUAUUAGUUAUGACUCGAAAAAGCGAACGAGAGAUGGGAGUGAUUGAAAUUUGAAUGCAAAAGUGAGUAUAAAGGUGUGUCUCUUACCUUGACAAAACCGCGCACGCGAACGCGAGACCGAGAGUGCAUUUGGGCAUAAAACAAAUUAAAACCGUAACUAAAAUACAUUCAUUGUGAUUUUAUGAGAAAUGACAAACUUUUUAUAUGUUGAUAAUACUUAUUAUUAGUUAUGGGUAUCCGAAUUAAACUAAAAUAAUGCAAAAAAGUAAAAUAUUUAUUUAGUUUUAAGAGUCAUAUUACAAAUCUAACAUCUAUACAGAAUUAAGCUUCGACAUUGAAAAAUUAACGAAAAGGAGGAAAGUUAUGUAUACUUAUUUCUAUCAUUUUUUUGGUUCACUGGUUGAAAUUACGACAUCGAAAAAGAGCGCAAGUUGCUACAUAGUGUUUCUAUGUUUCGUGCAAGAAAGGAGCACCAUUUAUUCUGACACAGACUAGAUUGCAAGCACCUUUCUUGGAAACCAUUAAACUCCACUAUAAUCUACUUAUAUGAAUGAAUGAUGCAUAAUAAAAGAAAAACACUAAAACCUGUAGGUAAUAUAACAUCUAAACAUUAAACAGUUCUAAUAUUUGAUGAUUACAUUUGUUUAUUUUAUGUUUCAAUUUGAUUGUUACUCUGACUGGUUUUGUUUUGACCGGUAAAAAUCUUUUAAUUUAUAACUUCGUUUCGUUUUCUUACACUGAAAAUACCUAUAUCUAGUGCGCUUCUUUGUUUGUUUCCAUUUUCGGCUCGACAUUUACUAUUAGCAGACUUUUCAAAAUCCACCCAACCGUGUUGUCGAAUCCCCAACAUUCCACCCGUCUUAUAGGUUUUUAAUGUGAAUGUCUUCGAACGGUAUAUUUUCAUUUAACAUCACGUAAAUAUUAGUGCCUUUCGAUCAUCGAUCAUAAACAUUAGUACAAAUGAUACAUUUUUAAUUUGUAAUUCAAUUUUUAGUAAAUCUAUUUUUCUAGUUUGUGAAUGUCGAGUUGAAAAGAACCUGCUUGCUGUACCUUCCCUAAUCUCACCUAAACGUUUGCUCACGCUUUCGAAUGAUAGAUUUACAAUCAAUAUAACGAAUACUAUAGAAAAUGAGCCACAUGUACACAUAUGCUUCUAGGAGGUCGAUUUGGGUUCAAUUGCGAAGGAAAAAAUCUAAUUAUAGAGUUCCGAAUCAAUGUUCUGCAAACGAUAUUGUAACUAACAAAAACGAAAAAAAAACACGUUUGGGAAUAUACCCGUUUCGGCGAACCAAGAUACGGAAACGUAUAUUUAUUAUACGAAGAAAUGUAUUGUGAAUACGACGUGAAAUGUAUGAA